AUGCUAUCUGAUAUAUUUGGAGAAUUUGUUAUUGAUGACGAUGACGUCAAAGACUGCGUUCAGUUCUGCACUCCUGAACAGUAUACAGCUGAGAUCCAUGAUAAAGGGUGGUUCCUUGCUCAAUCAAGUUCAAAGAAUAGAACAGAUGAUGAGAAAAGGGAACUAGUAUACCAUAGAGCUGCCUACCAUCACUAUCAUAAGCAGUUCGAAGACGCCGUCAAGGUUUACUUUUCGAUCCAAUGCAUCUUCCUCUUCCAGGGCUAA